UUCAGUUCUGCCAACUGCAAAAUUUGUUGUCAAACUGCAAAUGACGUCAAGCAAGUCAAAGCGGUCAACAAAAAAAGUGCAGUGAUUUCUACAUUUUUAUUUACCUCGGUAUGCAGAUGAGCCGCCUGGCUUCGACAUCUGUCGCAAUGGAGGAUGAUAUUGGUGUUGGUCACGUACUGAGCGAUUUUCUUCUUCAGCUUGAGAAUUACAACUAUAACCCGUCCAUACCAGACUCCGUGGUUGCACACUACCUUAAUAUGUCGGGCUUCGAGUCACAGGACCCCAGAUUGAUCCGGUUAAUAGCUCUUGCAUCUCAGAAAUUCUUGUCGGACGUUGCAAAUGAUGCUCUACAGCACUGCAAAAUGAGGACGUCCAGUCAGAUAACACAGAGCUCCAAGAACCAGAAAGGCCCCAAAGAAAAGAAGUACGUUAUGACUAUGGAAGAUCUGGCACCGGCACUGCAAGAAUACGGAAUCACGGCCAGAAAGCCGCAUUAUUUUGUCUGAAUCUAAACGGAUUAAUGUUUAAGUAAUAAUUAUUUCUAUCAAAAUAUUUUUACAAACAAAUUAGUUGUUUAUGUGAUAAUUUUUUUUUGUUUUUGCAAUAAUUGUGACAGUGUUCCAUUUUUGUGUCACAUUAAGAUGAUUACGAUUAACGAUUAUGUAUUAUGCAACAAAAAUAAUUUACCACAUUUUGUGAAUAUCAUUA